UUGCAGGGCCUGGAGAUGAAAGCGUUGAGGUGUGCAGCGUCGUGCUCUUGGCAGAGAGGCAUGGCCUUGGCCCAGCGGCAAGUGGCGGUGCAGGAAGGACCCCUCUACCGCACGGAGGGGUCCCAUGUCACGCUGUGGUGCAAGGUGAGCGGCUACCAGGGCCCAGCGGAGCAGAACUUCCAGUGGUCCAUCUACCUGCCCUCGGCUCCUGAGCGGGAGGUGCAGAUCGUCAGCACCGUCGACCCCUCCUUCCCCUACGCCAUCUACACCCAGCGUGUGCGCAGCCGUGGGAUCUACGUGGAGCGGGUGCAGGGGGACGCUGUUCUGCUGCACAUCACCGAGCUGCAGGACCGGGAUGCCGGGGAGUACGAGUGCCACACACCCAACACCGACGAGAGGUACUUUGGGAGUUACAGCGCCAAGAUGAACCUCGUGGUGAUCCCCGACUCGCUGCGAGUGACGGCAGUCCCACAGACACUGAACAAAGUGGAGCGUGACUCCCUGGAGCUGAAGUGCGAGGUGUCCAAGAGCACAGCCCAGCACAGCCACGUCUCCAUCGCCUGGUACCGGCAGCGAGGCAGUGAGGCACCCGCGGAGGUCAUCUCCCUCAGCCGCGACUUCGUCCUGCGGGCUGGCAGUGCCUAUGCCCAGCGGCAGGCCACAGGGGACGUUCGCUUGGACAAAGUUGGGGAGACCACCUCAAAGCUCACCAUCUACAACCUUCACCCAUCAGAUCAGGGCGAGUUUUACUGCGAGGCAGCGGAGUGGAUCCAGGACCCAGACAAGUCUUGGUAUGCCAUGACCCGCAAACGUUCCCAGGGCGCCAUCGUCAACGUGCAAGCCACCGAUAAGGAGUUCAGUGUCCGGCUGGAGACAGAGAAACGGACGUACAUCGUGGGUGAGCCAGUGGAGUUUCGGUGCAUCCUGGAGGCGCAGAAUGUCCCUGACCGCUACUUCUCCAUCUCCUGGGCCUUCAACAGCUCCCUUAUUGCCAGCCUGGGACCUAAUGCUGUGCCAGUGCUCAACAAUGAGUUUGCCCAGCGUGAGGCCCUGGGUCAGCUCAAGGUAGCCAAAGAAAGCGACAAUGUUUUUGUGCUGAAGAUCUACCGCCUCCGCCUUGAGGACAGUGGCAAGUACAACUGCCGGGUGACUGAGCGGGAGAAGACUGUGACAGGGGACUUCAUCGAUAAGGAGAGCAAGCGGCCAAAGAACAUCCCCAUCAGUGUCCUGCCACUCAAGACCAGCAUCUCCUUGGAGAUUAUCAACAACGCAAGCAACGUCUUGGAGGGGGAGAGCCUGCGCUUUGGCUGCAACGUGCGCUCGGGCUUCGGGCCCCAAAGCCGCUUCUCCGUCACCUGGCAGCUGGUGGACAAGCUCAACCGGCGCAGCGAAAUUGUGCGUCUGGAUCGGGAGGGUACCCUGCAGCCGGGCCCCUCAUACGCCGAGCGCAGCAGCUACGGGGGCAUCCAGGUGGAACAGGUCCGGCCCGGCUCCUUCACCCUGGAGAUCUUCAACAGCGUCAAGGCGGACGAGGGCCACUACGAGUGCCGUGUGGUCGAGUGGACACGGACACUGGAUGGGGAGUGGCAGAUGGUUGGGGAGCGGCACACGGGCACCCCGGUGUCCAUCACUGCUCUGGAGGCCGGCUUUGCUGUCACAGCUAUCUCCCGCACCCCUGGGGUGACCUACAACGAGUCCUUCGACCUCCAGUGCAUCAUCAAGCCCCACUACCCAUCGUGGGUACCAGUGUCGGUGACAUGGCGUUUCCAGCCAGCAGGCAGCACUGAGUUUCACGACCUGGUCACCUUCACACGUGACGGUGGGGUCCAGUGGGGUGACAGGUACACGGGUUUCCGGACCCGUACUGCCAUCGAGAAGGCCGAGUCCAGCAACAACGUGCGCCUGAGCAUCAGCAGGGCGAGCGACACUGAGGCUGGCAAGUACCAGUGUGUGGCUGAGCUCUGGAGGAAGAACUACAACAGCAGCUGGACACGGCUGGCAGACAGGACCUCCAACCUGCUGGAAAUCAGGGUCUUGAGGCCGGUGACCAAGCUGCAGGUGAGCAAGUCGAAGCGGAGCAUCACUCUGGUGGAGAACCGGCCCAUUCCCCUCAACUGCUCAGUGAAAUCCCAAACCAGCCCUGACUCACACUUCGCCGUGCUGUGGUACGUCCACAAGCCCUCUGAUGCCGACGGCAAGCUCAUCCUAAAGACCACCCACAGCUCGGCCUUCGAGUACGGCACCUACGCAGAGGAGGAAGGGCUGCGGGGCCGGCUGCAGUUUGAGCGCUCGGCGUCAGGGGGGCUCUUCAGCUUGACGGUACAGCGGGCCGAGGUCCGUGACAGCGGCAGCUACUACUGCCACGUGGAGGAGUGGCUGCUCAGCCCCAACCAUGCAUGGUACAAGCUGGCAGAAGAGGUGUCAGGAAGGACAGAGGUCACCGUCAAGCAGCCAGAUAACCGCCUGCAGGUGAACCAGACCCACAAGAACAUCACGGUGCUGGAGAACCAGUGGGUGACCCUGGAGUGCCUGGUCAGCAGCCGGACCAGCCCCUCAUCCCAGCUCUCGGUGGAGUGGUACGUCUGGCGGCCGGGCCACCCGGAGAAGGAGGCGGUGGCCCGGCUGAGCCGGCAGAGCACCCUGCGCUACGGGGAUCUGGUGGCGCUGGGCGACCUGCGGAGCAGGCUGCACCUGGAGAGCCCCUCCCCGGGUCUCUACCUCCUCUCCAUCCAAAACGCCACCGUGCGGGACAGCGGGGCCUACAACUGCCGUGUGGAGGAGUGGCUCCUCGACCCCAGCGACCGCUGGUACAAGCGGGCAGAGGACCUCUCCGGACUCAUCACCCUCACCGUCAAGCAGCCAGAUCCCACCCUGCAGGUGGACACGGCCACCGCCAACCUCACAGUGCAGGAGAAGGAGUCCUUCCCGCUGGACUGCAGCAUCCUGUCCCGCUCCAGCCCAGAGUCCCACUUUGCAGUGACGUGGUACAACCUGCGGGCCAAAGAGGCGGGUGGCCAUGCAGAGGAGGAGGAGGAGGAGGAAGAGGAGAAGGAGGCGGUGCUGAGCGUGGGCCCUGAUGCUGUUUUCAGCCCUGAAGCUGGUCGCUGGGAGGGCCGCCUGCGCUUCCAGAGGCUCUCAGCGGUUCUCUUCCGGCUGACGGUGCUGCAGGCUGGCGGUGCUGACACAGGCAACUACUCGUGCCGUGUGGAGGAGUGGCUGGCAGACCCCAACGGCGUGUGGUACCGGCUAGCAGAGGAGGAGUCGGGGACUGUCGCCGUUCAUGUGCAGGAUGCAGGCUCCACCCUGCAGUCUGUCAUCUGCUCCAAUGAUGCCCUCUUCUACUUUGUGUUCUUCUACCCCUUCCCCAUCUUCGGCAUCUUGAUCAUCACCAUCCUCCUGGUGCGGUUCAAGAGCCGAAACUCCAGCAAGAACUCAGAGGGCAAGAAUGGAGUCCCCUUGCUGUGGAUCAAAGAGCCUCACCUCAACUACUCUCCUACAUGCCUAGAGCCGCCGGUCCUCAGCAUCCACCCAGGAACCAUAGACUAAAGAGGCAGAGGCGCCUGGGGGGGGACGCGCAGAGAGGGAGAAGCAGAGACACACCAGGAACCCUAAGGAACAGAGUGGGUUUUGUUGUUCUUGUUUCAUUUGUUUCUGUGUCUGUGCUCCAAUGCGGUGGCUGAGCUCUGUGGAGUGCCCAGCCGAUGGGGACAUAAAGGUCCGAGGCGUCCUCCAGCGCCUGUGGGAAUGCACCCCCUCACCCCAAUGGACGGAGGGUCCCUGCACUUGCUGUAUAUAGUGGACGUUCCUCUCGGAUUCAUUUUGUUCCCAUCAGUUGCUGUCUUUUGGGCCGUUACUUUUUUUUAUCGUUUCUUUUUCAAUCACUCAAAGAACUGUAGGCUUCCCCUGCCCUCCACACAGCGAGAAGUUCCUAGGGGGCAUUUGGUCCUGGGAUGAUCUUUUUGAAAGUAAAUGUAUAUGUUUUCCAAAACAGACUGGUUUUUCCUCCUCAGACUCGAUGCCACAGUGAAGAAGGUCUUUUCCCAAGGUGUGCUGAGCUAGCUCCUCCCUCUACCAAAUCAAAGCCAAGUCCACCUCCAGAGGGGUUACCUGGGUUAUCGGGAGGUCCAUCUCAGAGACUGGCUGUAGCCUCAGCAUCUUCUUGCCUCCAUCUUACUGCUAUCUCAGGAGGGAGCAAUUCACCUUUGUGGGAGUAUUUCCAGGUCUUGGAGAGACCGAAUAUUUGGUGCGCUUGCAGUCAGGACAAAAGUAAUUUUGUUUGUCUCCAGGAACUGAAGUGGGGGGUGGAAGGAGGACACCUGAAAGCCCUGAAAUUGUUGGUAUCAAAGGGUGUCCUUGUAUGGUCCAGCUUACCAGAGUCAUGCUCCUCCCUGGUGUCCAUGCUGCCACCUCUGAUGAGGCGGGUCCCCUCUGUGCCCUAGUCACCUGGGGACGGGUGGCUGGAUUCAGUCUCUGAAGACUUCAACAUGACCAAAGUAAUGACUCUAGAAAGGGGAAGCUUCAUGGUUGGGUUCAUGGCCCUGGAUGCUUCAACCAAGGAGCCCAGCUGCAGUCAUGCCACGCAGCGGUGACAUGCAGUUAACCACCAUGUGUCACGAGUUUCCCUGCAGCUUGCACUACUUCCCGGCGUGAGCUUGGACAAGGCAAAGAGCCUGCACCGCAUCGGUACCCUGGGGGCUUCCCUGUCCCCUCGGGCCGAGAGAAAUCUUCCCCUGCGCUUGUGCGUGUAUCUGCCAUUUUUCGUUUCUGGGGCUUUAGGAGUAGAAAACAUUUCUCCAUAAGCUCCCCCUCCUGGCAAAGUCACCUGCUCUUGUCGUAGGCAGUCACUGUGGCAGGAAAUGCUGUUCUUUCUGUGAAAGAUAUGGCUCUCAUGAACCAAACCAGGGCUCUUGCCACAUGGGGCACCUGAGCUCCAGUAUCCCGUAAUGCCAAGUACCCCUGCCCUGUCCUGUGGAGGAAACCGCCUCCUCCCCCAUAAGUGUUAUGUCUGGCGGAAGAAAAUGUUUGCCAAAAAUGGCCUUUGUUGUCUUCCUUGAUGUCUUCCUGGCAAAUCCGGCCAUUUAUUUUUUGCAGCAUGGCUGAAGCCAACUGGGACGGACAGGCGCAGCUGCAAGACACACACACACACACACACACACACACACACACACACCCCCUGCACCCCCCCCUCAUGUGUGAGAGGUGCCAUACCCACAGCCGUUGCCCUCCUUGGGAGGGUCGGACUGCUCUUUGUGAAGAGAAGGGGACCUCAGCAGAUGCUCUGUAGCACUAGUCGGUUAGACCCUGAUGCCUCGAUGUUUCCAGAGGUGGUGAAGCCUCGGGUGGGAGAUCUGCACUGCACACCCUCUCCCCCAGCUGGGAGAGGACCCACAUGACUGUGGACUGUCCCGUGCCAGGGUGUUCUAAGUCAGCCACCUCUACUCUUCCACCAGAAUGGCACUGGUUUCUCCUGCUGGGAAGCCCAAAUUUCACUCAUCCCUCUGCGAAGUCUGCCUCCUCAAGACCUAACUGCUUACUGGCCCCAGCAUAUGCGGAAUAUCGCACUCCUAUAUAUAGAUGUAUCACACACCCACACGCUUGUCUUCCCUUUCUGGAUAAGGCGUCUGUAAAGAGAGGAGUGGGAUGAGAAGUGAAUGGAAAUGAAGAACCGAGGUGCAAACAGCAGCAGCUGCAGCCAGUGGGUAUUGUUUCGUAAAUGUAGUAUCUCCUGUACAUACUGCUCCGGGCAGGAACUGCAGCUCAUUUCAGCUUUAAAGGAAAAAAGAGAAAAUGAAGGCGGCAGGAGCCAUUCUUUCCUGGGAGAGCACUGUGCUGCGAUUGAGCCAUGCUCUGCCUCGCCAGCCUCUCUGCUCCAGAGCAGGGCCCUCCUGGAGGGCUGUCUCACAGCCCCGUCCCCCUGGCCGGAACAGGUCCCAGCCCUGCGGUUCCUGCUGUGAGCCCAGGCUUUCCCGGGAAGUGGCUCCCACGGUGGUCCCUGAAUGUACCUUGCCGGUGACAUUUCUCCCUUGCUCUGGCAGUGUGUUGCCCAGUCUCAAACUUCUCUCUGUUUUUAUAAGGCAGACUCUUCCUGUAACAAGUUUUAACACAAAACUUUUCAAACCACUCUCUCUGCUGUAACUUUCUGUAACAAAGCUGAGAAGAAAGAGAGAUACCCUAUCCAUGCAUGAUGUGGAAAAAUGUUUGGGGUUUUUUUAAAAAAAAACCAAAAACCAACAAAAACUUUGUACUAUGUUGCACUAAAACAUGUUUUAUACAACACACCUGAGAGCUGUAGUAAACCGUGUUGAAAUUGUGAAUCCUA